AUGAACUCAACAACAUCAUUCAAGUCUAACCCGUUGAAUAGAAUUAUUGGACUCUCAAUAAUUUUAUCCAUGGGAUUCUUACUAGUCAUCCUUGCUGGUAUCUACGGUAAUUGGUUCCCCAUAAUAAUUGGACUUAUAUUUGCCAUUGCUCAUUUACCAGUAGUCAUCACAAAGGCAGUCACAUCCAAUGACUACGACUUCAAUUUUGAAGGAGGCAAUAACAAUGUUGUUAUCGAAACUGGUCAAUUCUUGUCAGCAUUCUUGGUUACUUCUGGAGUGGUGUUGCCAGUUAUUUUACACCAUUCGUUGAUACUUACUAGAACUGCCAUGGUUCUCACCAUCAUUGGUGGGUGCUUGAUCUAUGGUACUGUUUAUACGUUUAGUCUGUAUUUUGAUGAAUCAGAAGAAGAUGUUGAUGACUUAGGUGGGGGUGUCAUUUAG